UGAUCAUGGGCCUUCUGCAUGGUCUGUUGCAGCUUGUGUUCUGAUGUAUUUCCACAUAAUAGAAGGUAGAGUCUGAUGGAUUUUCACCAUAAUGAAAUAAUACCAAUGCAUAUCUAAGUUGGGUUCGUGUGUGCCCUGAAGGGGAUUUCCAUGUGGUUCUGUUCUUGAGCGCUUCUGAACUUCAGCUCUACUGAAAAAAAUCUUGAUGAUUUUCGAUCCCACAAUGACCAAGAAGAAGAAAAAGAAGAAGAAGCCCUUCAUGCUGGAAGAAGAUGGGAUUGAACAACCGACCGAGGAGACACCAGCGACUGAAUCCAAGGAAACUGUCAUAUCAGAGAACGUGGAGGAGAAGGUUACAGAGGCAGAUGAAGAGGACAAUAAGAAGAAAGAUACAGCAGAUGAUUUAGAUGACUUGGACUUCUUCAAUCAAAAGAAAAAAAAGAAAAAACCCAAGAAACCUAUUGGGAUUGACAAUGGUGUAAAGAUUGAGACUGAUGUCACUGAGCAGGGAGAGGUUGAUGAUGAUGCCUUUGACAUCAGCAUGAUGAAGAAAAAAAAGCCAAAACCUGUGACCUUUGUGGUUGAGGAGUUAAAUGAAAGGACAGAUGACAAACUUGAUGAUGAUGAAAGUAAAAGGGAUGAUGGCAUCACUUUUUCCACUCAGAGUGGUCCAGCCUGGGCGGGAUCAGAACGAGAUUAUACUUACGAUGAGUUGCUGACUCGUGUAUUCAACAUCAUGCGAGAAAAGAAUCCUGAUAUGGUGGCUGGAGAAAAGCGAAAGUUUGUAAUGAAACCACCUCAGGUGGUCAGAGUAGGAACCAAGAAGACAUCGUUUGUGAAUUUCACAGAUAUCUGUAAACUGCUACAUCGUCAACCAAAGCAUCUUCUGGCGUUUCUAUUGGCUGAGUUGGGUACAAGUGGAUCCAUUGAUGGUAACAACCAGCUUGUAAUUAAAGGGAGGUUCCAGCAAAAACAAAUUGAAAACGUAUUAAGGAGAUACAUCAAGGAGUAUGUAACCUGCCAUACUUGUCGGUCGCCAGACACCAUCUUGCAAAAGGACACAAGGCUGUAUUUCUUGCAGUGUGAGACCUGUCACUCUCGCUGCUCUGUGGCCAGCAUCAAAACCGGCUUCCAGGCUGUUACCAGCAAGCGUGCACAGCUCCGUGCCAAAGCACAUUAACCUAAACCUUAACCACUGGAGAGAACAGGAACUGGGAAUUUAAUGUAAUUAGGACUGUUUUACCAAACAAGGGGUGGGUUUUAAGCAGGUUAAAAUACAACAAUAAAAUGCUGCUGACUCGGGAGGGUGGGGAGGAGGAAAAUAAACUAAUGGUGAGCAUUGUUCUACAAAGUCCUCCUGAACCUCAGUGUAUUGUAACAGUACUGUUGCACUGCUCUCUGUUCAUAUCCUGUCCAGUCAGCAGUAUAAAUGCAGGAAGAAAAUUGCCUUUUAUACCUUUAAGGCUGCUGGAGGUACAGCUCAAUUUCCUGGAGCUUGGAAAUGAUCCACUGAAUGUUGUUAAAGUGUGCAUAAUUUCUUUUUUGAUUAUACCUCACCCUGGCUGGUUAUUUGCUGUCUGGCUGCUGUAUUAUUUUUUUUAAACAGAGGGUGGGGAGGAGGGGAGUUGACCAAAUUACGCUAAAUAAGUUUAGAAAUUUAUUAAACAAAUUCCCUGAAAAUAUUUAAAAUUGUGGACUUUUUAAAUUGAUUCCAUCUUUAAGUCGAAAUCUUUCCAAUGCCAGGGUGAGGUCGGAGUUGCAAAGCAUAAUCUAUGCUGAUUUUUUGCAGUGGUGUUGAAGGUGUAUCCUUAUUCAGCCGUGGAUUGGUUUGGAGAGGGUUUUUAAAAAACGUGACGCCUUGUUGAACUGAUUACAGGCUCUGGAUUGUACACCAUCCGGUGACGAGAAUGCAAGAAAAAAAAAGUAAUAAAAUAGUAAAACUAGUGGUUACCAGCCAUUCUCCUCUGCUUCUGCUAAUGUUUGACCCAAGCCUGACUUUUGUCAAGCUGGUUGUGACCAUCAGCCACUUCUAGCAUGUUCAAAGUGUAGGUACCAACUUGAAGGCUAGCAGCAAAAGGUAAGGUCUCUCUCUUGCAGCCAUCUAGUCUCCAAACUGCUAAAGCACAAGGAGCCACUUGCCUUUACACAACGUAGGCAGUGUGUUUCAUGUUGGUGAGGAGUGGUGGGAGUGUCUUUGUGUUGAUGCUGUUCAGAAACCUGUGCAAAACAGUCCUUUUGCUGGCUGUAACCAUGAAUUAGCUGGAAUGUUGGCUGAAUUUUAUCUGGGACACUGCCCUCUAUUGAGGCUAAACAGCUCCCCAUUUCAAGGAUGUUGCAAAACCCUUUGACAAGUUCAAAGCAAAUGUUUAAUUGUGGAUUUGGUUUCAUGGCAUGAUUUGGAAACUUGAAAGAAAUUACUCCAUAAGACUUGGGCCUCAAUCAGAAUUAUUUGAUCCUUGGUGCCUGGAUUGUUUAAUGAGUUGCCUGCUAUGUCUGUUCUCAUUACACUUCUCUUGUAAAAAUACCCCAUUCACACAUCACUCCAAUUGAACAUGGUUUGUUUAGUAGGGUUUGCCUUCAGGAAGGGUAAUUAGAAAACGGCUGUUAUCGAGAUCUGCUCCCCCAGGGUACAUGACUGACAAGGCAGAAUAUUUGACGUGAUUUCAAGGACAAAUCCCAUCCUCCAACCUUUGAUUAAAAUGGCACCUGACUGGAAUAUGACUUGUUUUUCAAUUGGAUACAUGGUCAAGUCCCACCAGUUUUCAGAUCUGAAGAGGAUGUUGAAUGAAACAUAUGUGAACCUGCUCUAAAUUUGUUGUUGGAUCCUAAUAUCAAAUUCCUCCACCCAGUCAGCAGACACUUGGAUUUGAGGGCUUGAAAUAUGUUCCUGUAAUAUGUAUUCCUGCAACAGUACAUUGGAUUUGAUGUAAGCUAAGUCAGGUUCACCUUUCUUGAUUACACCAGCAAUAUUUUGUUUCUGUAAAAACUGGUGAAAACAUUCAUGUCUUUUAACACUUUGAGUUAGUAAAAUCUAGCAAAGAUUGGGCUGUUUUUCUGGUUGGAAAAGAGUGAAGAAUGUAAGUCAAAGUCUGGGAUGGCAGUGGUAGUCUUUGCUACAUUAGCAAAGUUGACCAUUUUACAGUGAGUUUGCAUGAGCAGACUAAACAUGUUUACAGUAGAAUCAGUUUAAUUUGCUCUAAAAUAGAGAUUGUAUGGAUUGGUUUUGAAUUGACUUACUGAUUGUUAGUGACAUGAAUCCUCUGAAGAUCUAAAAGCACUAAUGUACUUGUGACUGUUGAGGUGAACCACAUGCACAUACAUUCCCUGCUCAGUAUUUUGAGAUCUUUUUGACAUUUGAGGCUGUUGAGACCUGAGAAUGGUUUUCCCUCCAUCCAUUUUCAAGCGAGUACAUGAGGAUGCUUUACUAACUUUGUUUUUGCUUUUUCUUCCUAAAACUGACACUAAAAUGUUAUAGGUGCGGAAUAGUGGUUUUUGUAACUUCA